AGUAUAUAUCUCUAUGGUAUUGCAUGACUUAUUGCACAACAAGUCAACGACUAUCCAAAAUCAAUAAGUGAGCGAUCAUUUAGCAAGUUGAAGCUCAUCCUCUCCUACGUGUACUUGCGAGCCUCUGUGGGCCAAGGUAAACUAAGACUAGUGGUCGAGCUUUACUGAGUGUCGAGAGAGAAGUCGUCGCACCUGCGUAUUGUAUUGAAGCAUUUGAACUGAGACAUUCCGAGAUCACUUUGUUACUACAAACAUGGGUCUUAAAUGGUCAACCCUUUCCUCCGGAAAAGGAUCUCCAACCACAGGCCAAGAACACUUGACCAUGUCAACGAUAACAGAAGAUAAAGUCUACCGAUUGAAGGAACUGAAGCGCGUUUUGAACGACUUCAAGAAGAGAGGCAUCAAAUGGAUCCGGGUGGAAAUCACCGAUAUCAAUGGCAUGGCGUGUUGUAAGAUGUUAGCCGUCCAUACUUUGAAGGACCUGGAGUCGAAACUGGAGAGGGGCUUUUCCUUCCCUUCCGGAUGCAUCAUAAAUAGCCAUUCAGGGAGUUUUUAUGAGUCGGCUUUCAAGGUUAAAUAUUUUUUCUCGGAUUUCUGUGCGCUUCCAGAUCUUGGUUCCUUUAGGAUGAUCCCCUGGCUUGAGGAUACAGCGACGUUCUCAACGGUACUCUAUCAUAUAAAUAGGAAAGACCUUGUGGUAGAGCAUCCCAGGAAUGUGGCGAUCCAACAACUCCACCGAUUGAAGAGUUUGGGGCUCUCAUUGAUGAGCGCCUGCGAGUUGGAGUUUCGACUCUGUGGCACUCAAGGACAAGAUCUGCUUGAGGAAGGUACACGAAUCUCCUUCAGCACAAAGAUAUUGAUAAGGGCCAAUGACUACAUCAAGAAGCUGUUCGAAUGUUUGAAACAGGCUGGAGUGCCGGUUGAUGGUAUUCACGCUGAGUAUAUUCCCGGAUCUCUUGAACUGAUCAUGAAGCCUUCAUUUGGCAUAAAAACCGCUGACGACGUCGUCAUGUGCAAGAAUGCAUGUAAAGAGAUCGCCCUCUGCAACGGUUAUAUUGCGCAGUUUAUACCAAACCCCAGUGGUACAGGGAAUGGAUGUACAAUCCACUUCAACCAUUCUAUUUGGGACAAGUCUGGCAACGUGGUGUCCAACGUGGCAACGGGUGAUCUAACUGACAUGGGUAAGCAUUGGAUUGCUGGUCUUCUUGCCCAUUCCCGAGGGCUGACUCCGCUCCUGGCUCCAACGGUCAGCGGAAUCAAGAUGUUUACCGAUUAUGACAACACUGACAGGUGUGAGCCGUCAUACGUUAGCUGGGGCAGGCAUAACCGAUCGGUUACUUUCCGCGUCAAGGACGCCGAUGGACCAAGUGGAUCGUAUAUAGAGAACCGGAUUGGAAGAAUUGAUGCGGAUCCGUAUCUCGUGCUUGCCGGCACCGUAGCUGCGGGACUCGAUGGCAUCAUCAACAAGCUGCCUCUUCCAGAGGAAUGCAGGGGAAACGCUCAUAAGGACAUGCCAAACAAUACACCCAAAAUUCCCUGUGAUAUGGUAGAAGGAAUCGCUGCUUUGGUCCAAGAUACAGCCCUAUGUGAAGCCCUCGGGCAGGAAUUCGUUGAUCUUAUAGUUGCUGUAAGGAGGCAUGAAAUUGAAUAUUGCAACGAAAAGGAGAUCUGAAUCAACUCUGAAUAUACCACAGUUGGCCCUAUCAUAGCCAAAGUCAUUUCAAGAGGGAACACUUUCUACACCUUUCUAACACACUACGGAAAUUUAGAAUUGUAAUUAGCACCAGAAUAGACCACAAAAUAAGUUUUAUGUCUUCAAAUUUUAUUUUCAAAGCCGCUCGCUUGUUUCACUCGCUCGCGGAAUAUACAGCUAACAUGUGUACAUUAUUUUAAUAAUCAUAAAUUCCCUUCUAAAUGUUUUGCUCAACUUAGAUUACCACAUAAUACACAGCUACUUCAGGCAGUUCAUCUGUUUGCGCCUUAUUCGUUCUUUGACAUAAAAGUACAUGAAGGCCUAUCCCUUUGGAGGCUCACCCCCUCCUCCUCCCAACAAAAAUCCGACCCUGAUCGGACAUCAACAUGCUACAGUUCUCAUCAAAUUUGAACGCUUAUGUGUCCUGUCAUUUAGAGUGGGGUAAAUAUAUGCUAUAACAAAAGAGAAAGUGCCCUUUCCUUUGCCCCCCUCCCCGUUCAAUAUCACUCCACCGCUCCUGAGGAUUUGCCGUUCCCAUGUCGAUGUAAAUAUGUUAGAGUACCAUAACGUUUUUCCUGUAUCCACCCCCUCUCCUAUGUCUUUCUGUCUCUAAGUAUCUUCAUUCAUAUGUUUUUUCAUCUCUCUGUCUCGAUCCCCAUGUUCGUCCGUAUGCACGUCAAAACUCCUAAUUUUUUUAUUCAUAAAUGUUUUGGGUAUCAAUUUUAUUACGACAUGAAGCUAUCUUUCUACAUUUCUUUCAUUUUAUUUUGCAUUUGCGAUGACUCAUCAAUAUAAUAAAACAGUAUCUUAAUCACAUGUA